AUGUCCUUCUCUCGCCCGCUAGCCCGCGCGGUGCAGCCGCUACUCCGAAGUGUGGGACCGAGCGUCGGCCCCUCUCGCGCGCUCUCGACGAGCUCCGUCGCCGCCUCGGGACACUCGCGCUGGUCCAAGAUUCGACACAAGAAGGGCGCUGUCGACGCUGCGCGCGGAUCGCAAUUCUCCAAGAUUCUUACUGAGGUGCAUACUGCUUUCCGCACUGGCGGCCUCGACCCGGAUAAGAACCCGCGACUGGCCAAGGCGCUCGUUGCGGCCAAGGAGGCGGGGGUGCCGAAGGCGAACAUCGAAGGUGCUUUCGCGAGGGCCCGCAAGCUGGCUGACGGAUCGGGCAAGCCGGUCACGUUCGAGGCGAUGGGAGGCGGAGGCAAGGUCGCGUUCAUCGUCGAGUGCAUCACGGAUAACCCGAACCGAACGGUAUCGCGCGUGAAGGAGCUGUUGGGCAAGGGCGGUGCGCGUGUCGCUCCCGUUGCAUUCAUGUUCGAGCGGAAGGGUGUAAUCCGUUUGAGCCCGCAGGAGGGCAGUAAGGCGACAUUCGACUCCUUGUUCGACGCCGCAGCUGAGGCUGGCGCCGAAGACGUCAAGGAGCUCGACCCCGAGGAAGGCGAGGGGCACUGGGAGGUCGUGACGUCGCCGAACGACCUGAGCACGGUGACUGGGGUGCUGAGCGCGGCGCCGCAUGACGCUCUGUACUCUGUCAACAACUCGGAGCUCGCGUACAUCCCGAACGACCCCGUUGAGGUUGGCCCGGAGGGACUUGAGGAGGACAAGGCGGAGGCGAUCGAGAGGGCGAUCGAGGCGCUGGAGGAGGAGCCGGACGUCGUUCGCGUCUGGACCAACCUUGCUUAG